AUGCGGGUUUCUCGCAACCCAAUGUGCAGAGCCCUGAAGAAGAAGAAUGGCGAAAAUGGCAACCCAGAAUUCAGAGUAGUUCUCAUGUCCCCCGCGUCGAUCCUCCCCCCGGUCGGUCUGCUGUGGUGCGGAUGGGGAGCGCAGGCCGUCACGCAUCGGAUUGUGCCUGAUCUUGGCAUCGGGCUGUUCACCCACACUGCGAUUAUUCUGUCUCAGUGUGCCAGUGCAUAUCUGUAUGAGGCUUUUACUUUGUAUCCGGUUAGUGCGACAGGCGCUGUUUACAUUCUUCGUGGAUUGACGGGGUCCGGAUUUCCUCUUUUCAAUCUGAGGAUGUAUCAGUCGCUGGGUUAUGGAUGGAGGACUAAUAUGAUUGCUGUUGUUGCUGUUGUUGCUGUUGUUGUGGGUACCUGUUGUCCUUUGGAGGUAUGCUACCAAACGGAGAUCUACGGCAAGGGUGCCUUGAUGAGCAUCCUGCCCGGCGUAACCACCGACCCCCGCAAGCUAGAAGAGCAAGCUCGAGAGUCUCUAGGCGUUCGCGCAUUCAACUAUGUCGCCGGCGGAGCAGGCGAGAAAGCGACAAUGGAUAGCAAUCGGCUGGCAUUCCGGCAGUGGAAGCUAAUCCCACGGAUGAUGCGAAAUACCCCCGAGCAAGACGUUUCGGUCGAGCUCUUCGGUCAGAAAUACGAUAAUCCCCUUAUCGUGGCACCGGUCGGCGUACAGGGUAUCUUCCACGAAGACAAGGAGACAGGCCUUGCAGAAGUAUGUGAGGAAGUCGGGGUACCGUAUACGAUGAGCACGGCGAGCACGAGCUCGAUUGAAGAUGUUGCGACCGCCAACAAGGACGGGAAGCGAUGGUAUCAGCUGUACUGGCCGAAGGACAACGACAUUACGCUAUCGCUGCUAAAGCGCGCGAAAGAGAACGGGUUCUCGGUUCUGGUUGUUACCUUGGAUACCUGGUCGCUGGCGUGGCGACCGGCGGAUUUGGAUAACGCCUACGUACCCUUUAUCAAGGGGGUGGGAAACCAGGUCGGGUUUAGCGAUCCUGUUUUCCGCGCGAAGUUCGAGAAGGAAACUGGAUCGAAGAUUGAGGAGGAUAUUAUUGGUGCUUCGCGCGCAUGGAUCGGUGGCAUUUUCGCCGGAAGUCCGCAUUCAUGGGAGGAUUUGGCUUUCUUGCGGAAGAAUUGGGAUGGGCCGAUUGUGUUGAAGGGAAUUCAGCACGUGGAGGAUGCGAGGCUAGCGCUGAAACAUGGGUGUGAUGGGAUUGUAGUAUCAAAUCAUGGUGGUAGGUUCUUUCAUCUGCUUUUCCUAUUCAUUUCUAAUUUCCGUCUAGGUCGUCAAGUGGAUGGUGCUAUCGGGUCUUUGGACGUCCUUCCGGAAAUAGUCGAUGCAGUCGGGGAGAAGAUGACUGUACUUUUUGACUCGGGGAUUCGGACAGGUUCGGAUGUGAUCAAGGCACUGUGCUUAGGAGCUAAAGCAGUUCUUGUUGGUCGACCGGUGAUUUACGGACUGAGUAUUCAGGGCAGAGACGGGGCCAGACAGGUCCUCAAGGGGCUUUUGACCGAUUUGUGGCAGAACAUGGGCCUAUCAGGGAUUCGAACGGUGAAAGAUUGCGACCGGAGUCAGAUUCGCAAGGUGCGAUACGGUGGCGACCUGAAAGCGAUGAUGUAG